AGUGUUACUGCUCGUCCUUCUCGCUCAUCGCGUCUUGUGCCAACGCUGCCCACCGCAAGAAGAGUUUCACGGAAGGUCUCGCCGAGCGUGAAGCGAAGGAAAUGUAUUAAAAGCAACUAAUCCGGCGGUGUUAAGUUUGCUGAGGUCGGCUACCUGUCAGAAGGAAAGAUAGCGAAGAAGCACCGUGGAGAGCAACAAGCCAACAGCAUCACGGCAGCCUGCUGGGUGGAUGGCACACGGGGUGUCUUCCUCUCGUGAAGUGGUGCAGGGGAGCCUCACUGAGACCGGGGUCCACGCACGAUUCGGGUCUUUCCAGCGAUAUGAAAGAUAAGUUCAUCUCUUGAGACCAUAACUUCCACACUGAGCUGACUCACUGACAACUGCACCCAGAUAUUUGGAUAGACCUUCUUCACAUGUGACGUGGAUUGAACUCCGGCAUCAGAAGACUCCGAGCAUCAUCUCGCUGCAAUGUCUCUGCACAAGAGUAUCUUGAAGUUCACUCCCCCUUCCUCGCCAUAUAUGUUUAUCUCCUUUCUGCUGGUUCUGCUCCCCGGAGUCACUCAUUUCUCCCAGGGCAGCGCCAGCCAUGAAGACACUGACAGCACACCGGGCAACUGCUCCAGUACCGAAAACUGCUCCGAGGGCGUGGUGCUGCCCAUGUGGAACCCCCAAAACCCUGCGGUGGGUGACAAGGUGGCACGCGCCAUCGUUUACUUUGCUGCCCUUAUAUACAUGUUCCUGGGCAUGUCCAUUGUCGCGGACCGCUUCAUGUCUUCUAUCGAAGUAAUCACCUCUCAGGAAAAGGAGAUCACGAUCAAGAAGCCCAACGGGGAGACGACGACAACUACCGUACGCAUCUGGAAUGAGACCGUAUCCAACCUGACUCUGAUGGCGCUGGGCUCAUCUGCACCGGAGAUCCUGCUUUCCCUCAUUGAAGUGGUCGGUCAUAAUUUUGAGGCCGGAUCUCUGGGUCCCAGCACGAUUGUGGGCAGCGCUGCAUUCAACAUGUUCAUUAUCAUCGCUAUCUGUGUCUACGUGGUGCCGGAAAAUGAAACUCGCAAGGUAAAGCACCUGCGGGUGUUUUUUGUCACUGCCUCCUGGAGCGUGUUCGCUUACAUCUGGUUGUAUAUCAUUCUCUCUGUGGUCUCCCCCGGGGAGGUGGAGGUUUGGGAGGCCGUCCUCACCUUCCUCUUCUUCCCCGUCUGUGUGCUGCAAGCCUGGAUUGCAGACCGGCGCCUGCUCUUCUACAAGUACGUCCACAAGCGGUAUCGUGCCGACACGACCCGUGGCAUUAUCAUCGAGUCGGAGGGAGAUGCCAUGUUCACUAAAAUGGACUUGGAGAUGGACGGUCCGGGUGUGAACUCCCACACUGACCCCAAAGAGGCUCUGGAUGGAAUGCUGGAGGGGGUGGAGGAAGGUGGAGGGAUGAGUGCGGAGCAAGUUCAAGAGGAAGAAGCCCGACGGGAGAUGGCUCGCACUCUUAAAGACUUAAAACAAAGGCACCCGGAGAAAGACAUGGAGCAGCUGAUUGAGAUUGCCAACUACCAAGUGCUGGUCCAACAACAGAAGAGCCGGGCCUUCUAUCGCAUUCAAGCCACGCGCAUGAUGAUCGGAGCCGGGAACAUCCUGAAAAAGCACGCCGCUGACCAGGCCAGGAAGGUGGUGAGUUGUCAUGAGGCCACUGGGCAAGAGGAAGAUCCCCACACCAUCUACCUGCAGUUUGAAACCUCUCACUACCAGUGCUUUGAGAACUGCGGCUCACUGAAGCUGUCGGUGACCCGACAUGGCGGAGAAAGUGGCUGCACUGUGAAGGUGGACUACCGUACAGAGGAUGCGACUGCCAACGCCGGCUCAGACUACGAGUUCGCUGAGGGGACUUUGGUCUUCAAGCCUGGUGAGACGACAAAAGAGUUCACUGUCGGCGUUAUUGAUGAUGAUAUUUUUGAAGAGGAUGAGCACUUCUACGUGCGCCUGAGUAAUCCACGUAUCGCGCACCGGGCUGAGGUCUCCGUCCUGGAGCCAAGCUCCAUCACCUCCAGCAACAGCACGGUGGGUGUCUCCCAUGUUCCUCCGAAGGCGGCCCUGGGCAGCGCUCCAACCGCCACGGUGACCAUCUAUGACGACGACCACGCUGGCAUUUUCACGUUCGAGAGCAACUCCACGAGGGUCAGCGAGAGCAUCGGCAACAUGCAGGUGAAGGUUCACCGGACGUCCGGGGCGAGGGGGAAGGUGGCGGUGCCCUACCACACGGUCGAGGGCACCGCCAAGGCCGGGGAGGACUACGAGGAGGUGUCCGGCAAGCUGGAGUUUCAGAACGAUGAGACCAUGAAGAUGCUGAAUGUGAAGGUCAUUGAUGACGAGGAAUACGAGAAGAACAAGACUUUCACAGUCGUGUUGGAGGAGCCCAUCCUGCUGGAUGUGGGAACGAGACACGGAGACACCAACGACAACAAGACAGCAGUGGGCUCGGAGGACGUGUCAAAGAUGGGCUGCCCCUGUCUGGGCGAGCACACGAAGCUCGAGGUGGUAAUUGAGGAGUCCUAUGAAUUCAAGAGCACAGUGGACAAGCUGAUUAAGAAGACAAACCUGGCUCUGGUGGUGGGCAGCAGCAGCUGGAGAGAGCAGUUUGUUAGUGCGGUCACUGUCAGUGCAGGUGACGAUGACGAGGAAGAGAGCGGGGAGGAACGUCUGCCGUCCUGCUUUGAUUACAUUAUGCACUUCCUGACAGUUUUCUGGAAAGUCCUCUUCGCUUUUGUCCCCCCCACUGAGUACUGGAACGGCUGGGCCUGUUUCAUCGUGUCCAUUUCCCUCAUCGGCGUUCUGACGGCUGUGACCGGGGACCUGGCCUCUCAUUUCGGCUGCACCGUUGGUCUCAAAGACUCAGUCACCGCUGUGGUGUUCGUGGCCCUCGGCACCUCUGUUCCAGAUACAUUUGCCAGUAAAGUGGCUGCCAUACAGGACCAAUACGCGGACGCCUCCAUCGGCAACGUGACGGGCAGCAAUGCAGUGAAUGUGUUCCUGGGCAUCGGCGUGGCGUGGACCAUCGCUGCCGUUUACUGGAAGUCCAAAGGACAGGUGUUCAAGGUGGACCCAGGCUCGCUGGCCUUUUCCGUCACCGUCUUCACCACCAUGGCGCUGGUGUGUGUGAUGGUGCUGCUCUACCGCCGGCGUCCCAGCGUGUCAGGCGGAGAGCUUGGGGGCCCACGGACACCCAAGCUCCUCACCUUCUUCAUGUUCCUCUCCCUCUGGUUCGUCUACAUCCUGUUGUCCUCCCUGGAGGCUUACUGCCAUUUGCCUAGCUUCUGAGACCGAGGGAAACACACAGACACGGCUCCUCUCCUGGUUUUUACAGUUUACUGAACGUGUUUUUUCUCUGUUUUUGUCUAUUUUCACAAAGGUUUAUAACUAUUUGUAUCAUUAGUUGUUAUUGAUACCGCGCAAUAUUUGAUUGACUUUGAAUCUUUGGACUUUGGAACUUUGCUACCACCCACUAUGCUGUGAAGUAUAGCUUUAGCCACUGAAAAUAAACCGCCUCUCAACUUUCUUUCCUUUUUUUAAAUACUAUGUUCCACUGAACAUCUAUCUAAUCAUUGCUAUCGGCAUAAAUCGCAUCAAACCUUCUGUCACUUGGGUUUUUAAGUGUUAAGAAAGCACAAGAUUAGAGCAGUAUAUUUCUAAGGGUGUUGUGAAAUGGAAAGAUAAAGAUAGUGCAUGGGAUGACGUUAUACUGACAUCGACAUCAAAUUAAAGCCAUUACUGAGGCUGAAGUGACAUAUUUGUGUGUUGAUAUUUAUUACUAUCUAUACAUUAAUUACUCAUUGUAUAUCAUGUAAACGAUUAACGUUGUGCGUGGGAGUUCUGUGAAAGAGUAGGUGUGUUUACUUUUGCACGUGAUCAGAUUAAGAGUUUCUUGGUAAUCUAUUUUAAAGUACUGUAUGUAAUAUUUUUGAUAUGGCUGUUGACGUGUUGAUGUGUUGCUGUACAUGUGAAUCACAGCUGUAUCAUAAUCUCUUCGCUGUCUGGUCCCCUUUUCCACGACGCUUUCUCAAUCAGUAUCAUGUUUGGCAUUUUUUACAACUUAAGUCUUAAAAUCUAUAAAAGUAUAAAUUCUUUGAGCACAUUUAGGAUCUUUGGGUGUGUGUAUGGUGUGUGUGUGUGUGUGUGUGUGUGUGUGUGUGUGUGUGUCUGCGCGCACCUCCGCUCUCCAGCACAAAUUGGCGAAAGGCAUGUCACUACUUCGUCAAUGUUUGCACAAAUGGUACGUGUGACAAAAACAGUGCAGUCUGUACAGAUAAGAGAUUAUGAGAUGGACAUCCGUUUUCGUAUAUCUGUUACAUAUUUUAACAUAAAUUUAGAACUCAAUCCUAAUAAUUGCACAAUCACCGAACAGGUCCAUCAUCUGGGAUGAAAAAAUUUUGGCAAAAAGAGAAGACAUGUAGAGUAUUUCCUGAGAGUGUCUCCUUGUGUCGCACAGCAGUUGAUAUUGAAGUUUGUUUUUUAUUUAACCUAGAAUAUGUUGAGCCAUAUUUAUUGUAACAGUAUUACAGUAAAGGUAUUUAUAUGAUCAAUUUUAGUUUUAUUGAUGUGCAUGUUUAAUGUACAAAAAGUGGAAAUAAAUGUUGCUCAUUUCUGAUGCUGU